GAGUACGAUACUAUUUCAGAGAGCUGAGAGUACACCUAUAAAAAAAAACCUUUACAAACUAUCUCAUCAUCACUUGCUCUACUCUCACUCCCAUCACCCACACUUUCCUCUCUCUCUCACUCUCUCUUUCUAUGCUUUCUCUCUCUUUGAUCUAGUGCCACAAUACUUUCUGUUCGCUUCUACUCACAUUGAUAGAAGGAAAGAGAUGUAUUGUUUGGCACAAAAAAAAAAAAUCAUUGAAGAUUUAAGGAAUAAAUAACAUUUAAUUAAACAAAAACUUAUAUCAAGUUCUAGAUCUUCAUUUUUGCUUCAAAAAACCCAUAAAAAAAACAACCCCAAAACCCCCAUUUCAUCUCCAUUAUCAAGGAUCAAACACAUCCUCUGUUUUCCCCUGUUUUUACCCCUGAAAAUCCCCUGUAUUUCCCCCUGAAAAUUCCCCCUUUUUUGGGGUAAAAAUGGUAGAAAUCAUUCAAAAUCAGCUGUUACAAGCAAGAGGAGAUAUGUCAGGACAAUUAGAGUUAAUGUGGGAGAUGAUUAAAGCACCAUUAAUAGUGCCAUUAUUAAAGCUUAGUGUGGUUUUUUGUUUAACAAUGUCAUUAAUGUUGUUUUGUGAAAGAGUUUAUAUGGGUAUUGUUAUUAUUUUGGUAAAGCUUUUUUGGAAGAAACCUGAAAAAAGGUAUAAUUGGAAAGCAUUACCUGAUUCUAUUGAUGAUAUUGAAAUGGGGGGUUCUAAUAAGUUCCCUCAUGUUCUUAUUCAAAUCCCUAUGUUUAAUGAAAGAGAGGUUUACAAAGUGUCAAUUGGAGCUGCUUGUAACCUUUCAUGGCCAGCUGAUCGUAUGGUAAUUCAAGUGCUAGAUGACUCCACCGACCCAGUUAUCAAGGAUAUGGUUGAAUUAGAAUGUCAAAGAUGGGCUAGCAAAGGAAUAAACAUUGUAUAUCAAAUAAGAGAAACUAGGGGUGGUUAUAAAGCUGGUGCUCUUAAGGAAGGGUUAAAAAGGGAUUAUGUUAAGCAUUGUGAAUACGUUGCAAUCUUCGACGCAGAUUUCCGGCCUGAACCCGAUUAUCUCCGACGAGCUAUCCCUUUCUUAAUGUAUAACCCUAAAAUCGCUCUUGUUCAAGCGCGUUGGAGAUUCGUGAAUGCAGAUGAAUGUUUGAUGACAAGAAUGCAAGAAAUGUCUCUUGAUUACCAUUUUACAGUUGAACAAGAAGUUGGCUCUUCUACACAUGCCUUCUUUGGAUUCAAUGGGACUGCUGGGGUGUGGAGAAUAGCUGCCAUUGACGAGGCAGGAGGAUGGAAGGAUCGAACGACAGUAGAAGACAUGGAUCUUGCUGUUAGAGCUAGUCUUCGUGGCUGGAAAUUCGUUUAUCUUGGUGACCUUCAGGUAAAAAGUGAAUUGCCAAGUACCUUCAAAGCCUUUCGUUUUCAACAACAUCGUUGGUCCUGUGGCCCCGCCAAUUUGUUCAGGAAAAUGGUCAUGGAGAUUGUUAGAAACAAGAAUGUGAACUUUUGGAAGAAAUUGUAUACAAUCUACAGUUUCUUCCUAGUGAGGAAGAUCACAGCUCAUAUGGUCACCUUUUUCUUCUACUGUAUAGUGCUUCCUUUAACAAUACUUAUUCCUGAAGUUGAAGUUCCUAUUUGGGGAUCGGUUUACAUCCCUUCGAUUAUUACCAUUCUAAACUCUGUCGGAACUCCAAGAUCGUUUCACUUGCUAUUCUAUUGGAUUUUGUUUGAGAAUGUAAUGUCCUUACACCGGACUAAAGCGACACUUAUUGGCCUCCUCGAAGCAGGCAGAGCUAAUGAAUGGGUUGUGACUGAGAAACUCGGUGAUUCCCAGAAAAAUAAGGCGAAUGCUAAAGAUAAACCAGUUAGUGUUAAAGCUGCAGUGAAGAAAGCUCGAUCCAAAAUUGUAGACAGAAUGAACUUCUUGGAGUUGGGAGUUGGAGUAUUCUUGUUCCUGAUCGGAUGCUACGAUUUCAUGUAUGGCAAAUGGAGCUAUUACAUCUACUUCUUCCUCCAAAGCAUCACCUUCUUCAUCGUUGGGUUCGGUUAUGUUGGUACCAUCAUCUAGUAUCGUUUGAUCCUUCAAGAGGCGUCCGUCCCUCUCAUGAUCUUAUCAGCAUCAAAUACCGCCAUUUGCACAAAUUCCGUCUCUUUCAAGUAAGCUUCAGAUGCACGGAUUGUGCAUAAACUGUUGUGUUUAUUGUCACACGUUUUUCGUGCAAAUGUCUAUCAAAUGGGGCGACUCAAAAUGGCUGUUGUCAUCACAAACCAUAAAUAUAUAUAUAUGUAGGAAGCACAUUGCAUUCAGGAAGGAGGAGAACAAGCAACAGGAAGAACAUAAAAGGGAUAGAGAAACUGAUGAAGGAUUGUUUUUUUUUCCCUUUGUUUUUUGUUUGGACGAUAAGUUACGUUUUUUGGAAUUUGAUAAGUUUAGUUAUCAUUUUUGUUGGUCGCUUUUAGUUUUAACGAUACCAACGCUUAAUCCGUUGAUAUUAUGUAUUAUGUUCGGAGGUUUAACCUCCUAACCAUCGAUUUAAUAGGGUAGUUGGUUGUCAAGGAGUUGUAUCUUGUUACUUGUAUGGUCAAGAGAGCAAGACUCGUAUAGUAUUAUCUUAGUUAUAGAGUGUAUCAAAUAUGUUCUACAAGAUUUGAAAUCAACAUCUUGAUAAAUUGUUGUAAUAUAACACCUUGCAUACUCAUAUUCUUUUGUCAA